AUGUCUUCAUACCCAUUAUCAACUUGCGCCACGGACGGUUCAAAUACAAGACGUAUUGGCUCAGCAUCUGCCAACGACCAUCUCGUUGCCUCCACCUCCGCCUCUUCUUCGGACUCAAUCACUUCCAAUAGUAAUGACGCUACCAAAGCCGACGAAGAAGCGUCACGCAUGGCACUUUUCCUUCACAGCAAUGUCGAAGCCAACCCGACAUAUCAGCACACUUCUUCUGCGGCAAGCAUGGCUGCACACUCUACUCAGAUGAAGUCGUGCCUGGAUACUUUUGAUGCGGUUAUGGAGGAUAAGAAGUGA